CGCGGAGGCAGAGCAAGUGCACUCGCAGGAGCAGAGGAGAGCAGCGGCACCUGCAGCGGGGCAUGUAUUUGUUUGUGGGUUUCAAUUAAAAACUGCUGUUCCAGCUGCACUACUAUGACCAAUGCGCACCCAGUUUUUGGGUGUGACAAACAACUUGCGCGUGUGUAUGGCAGAUUUGGGCAUUUAUCCAGGCUGAGUGGAGGGCUGAUGUUCUGGGGACACACGCUGCGGGCGUGCCAGUGAUUUAUUUUCUGAUGUGGUGAGGGGCUGAAGUUGAAGUCUUGCUCCUGAAAGUGUGAGCUCCAAAUGCAUUCGCUCCUGGGCCGGGAGAAGAAAGAAGAAGAAGCCGGGUUCGGGAUCGAUCUGGGUCUGUCUCCGGGCUUUCUGCCCCACGCUGCCACCAUGUUCAGCUGUGUGGGCUGCUUCUGGGUGCUCCUCUCCUCCGCUCUGGUCGCCGUCUGCAGUUUCAGCUUCAUAUCCCCUGCCUGGAUUGUUAAGGACCAGCUAAGGAACAACCAUCACCUCCACCACCACCACAACAACAAGGACUCUGUGAGCUUCGGCUUGCUGUGGCACUGCUCGGAGUCUCUGGAUCACAUGUACCGAUGCUACACCUUCGGGGGACUGGGCAAAUUCGCAGAGAUCCCCUCCAGCUCCUGGCAGACCAGUGCGGUGCUGUGUUCAGGAGGCUGUGCCCUGCUGGCUGUCAGCUCCCUGUUGGCCAUCAUCACCAUGUUCCUGCCCAGCGGAGGAUGUGAGAGGAGGAUCUGCACCCUGGCCGGAUACAUGCAGAUGGCUUCAGUGUUCAUCAUGGGGGCCGGACUGCUGGUCUACCCGUUCGGCCUGAACUCCUCCCUGGUGCGGUCCUUCUGCGGGGACUCCGACAUCUACUAUGCCGGCGAGUGCGGGAUCGGCUGGGGCUACAUGCUGGCUAUCGUGGGAGUAAUGCUCACCGUCUUCUUGCCCUUUUUCGCCAAAUAUGCACCGAAGGAGCACCUGUCCCCCACCCCGCUGCCCACGCUUUUAUAGUGCAUUGUCUUGUUUUAAUUCCCUCCUGCUCUCUCUAACCCGGGCUCGAUGUCAAGGGGAGACACCUGCGUCCCGAAGCGAUGCUGUUCGAACAUUGUCUUCCUGCAUCUGCUCUGUGACAUUAAAUGGAAUGUUUUACAAUAUUACUCUGUGGGUUAUCAUGUUCAUCAAGACCUCCCAGGAUUUACGAAAAACACUACCAACUUAACAGGACUUGCUUAAAUUGUGUUCCCCCCCUUGGUUACCUUUGUGACAUCAACAUGUGUAACAUUCCAAAACAGACUGGAGGCUGGCCGCUUAAAGAGAGUGGACGCAUGAGAUGUUGUGGCAGUGUUUUGGACUUUGAGAAUAUUAAUGAAGAUGCAUCCAGUGAGGAUGUAUUGUGCUCAAGCGUUUGGACUGUAUAUAUGGUCUGGAUUUAACACAACUGAUAUAAGAAAAAAGAAAUCUGACGCUUUGAGGGAUCUUGGCACUGCAGACUUUUUCUGCCUUCCCUGUUAUCGAAACCGGGGAGUGAACCAGCCGGACUGAAGAAGACAAAUUCAGAAUUUUGUCUUCAGGAAAAGGACACAGCAUCAGAACUGCCGAGAGGACGAAUGGAAAUCUGUAGAAAUGUUAUGUUGGGAUACUGCUUUCUUUUCCGUUUUCCUCAGAAAUGUUUUGUGUAGUGUAACUCGCUUGCUAAAAAAACAAUUGUUUGUCUGUCUACAACACACAAUACUAAACUCUCUAAUUCAGGAAAAAAAUGAUUGCAAAAGGCAGGGAGGUGUAGGAUUUUUGUCAAAAUAAAUGCAUGAUAAGAUGGGCUUUGUUAAUGGUAAAACAAUUGAUCUAGAUUUUAAAUGUGAUCUGACCAACUUGUGCCUUUUAACAUAACCAAGACAAAUGUUUAAUACAAUUAUCAGGUUGUCAUCUUUUUCUGCUGAAACUGUUGGAUCGUGUUGUGUGACGUGUUUUCUUUCUAUGAUAUGUUUCCCCUCAGAGGUUAAGUGUUUCUCCUGUACUUGAUGCAGUAUGAUCUCAUUAACUUGAGAAAAUGUUCUGGAGGAUAAAAAAAAAAAGGUGAUGUCCUUGGAGGAAUAACGGCAGAGAAAAAAGGAAAGCAGUGUCUUUAAUUUUGCCUUGAGACAUUUUCCCCAAUUAUCUAUAAGAGGAAAGUCCCUUGAAUUGCUAUAAUAAAGGUUGUGACAUACAGCUAACAGACUAAUUCCUGGCAUCCUAGUCUUACAUGAUUUGAUAAUUGAGUGGCAGAGGAGGGGCGCUGUACGAUGUGAACUUUUGGUUAUCUGUGCUGAGCUGACACAUUAUUCACAUGUGUAAAACGUGGCUUAUAAUAAUUAGCUCCUCAAGUAAGCUAAGGUUUUUUUUUGUUUUAGUCAAUCCACCUCUCCUUUAAAGCGCUGGCACCAUUCCUGUCAUAUUCCAAGGACAAAAUGUCUUCUUCUCCACUUACUCUCCCUGUUCACUGCCAAGUUCAUCAAGCUAGACUGCUUCUUCUAGAUGGUGUUUAUGUGUGUAUUAGUGUUGAGUUACGGGUUGGAUUAUGCUAAUUAGUUGAUAUUUGAAUAUAUCCCGGAUUUGGGUUCCCAUGAUGUCCUGACAUGAAGACAGCGACUGUGAUUAUGUUGCCAUGUUUGCCAGAAGGUCAGGAGAGUGUUGGUAUUGUCCUGGACCUCAUACUGUGCUGACUGCGGGAAUGACUGCAUUGGACUGAUAUCUGGUGAUCCAUUGUGUGUAAAGUCUCAGCACUGGUGAAGCUGUUUUGGUAGAGUAGUAUGAUUGUUUUUUUCCAUUGUGGUGUUUGACUGUAAAUAAACUAACUGUACUUGAUAUCACAUUAUUCCUAACUGCCCCGUUUUUCAAAGAUAUAUUUUGAGAUAUUACCUCUUCGUGUUUGCUUUAACUGCAUUAACCUCCAAAUGAUGUUUGCUGUUC